UAAAUGUAUUUAUUAGUUUCCAAAAAGCGAUUGUACAGACAUUUUUUUCAAAACGAGUUAAAAUCAGUUGAUUUGCAUCAUGCUAUUGAGCAGCAAACAAAGCGCACUUUUCAUUCUACUGACAGUGUGUUCCUUAGGCACAGCAAGUUUACCGACGAAUGAGUAUGCAGUUUCUUUUCCGGAGUGGUUCUCGUUCCAUCGGCAAACAAAGGUGGAUAUUCAUAUUCUGGAACCAAUUGGAUUACAAAUUUGGAGUAAAUAUAGACCGCAAUGUUCGAACUUCGGCGUGGAGCUUUUGAUUAAUCCCACCGAUUCUGAGAUCGGUUACCGUCUUAGCAAAAAUGUCAGUGUUCCUCAGGAUGGAAAAUUUUUCAUUGAAGAUAAUAAUGCUGCUGUCAAGCUGGGUGACACAAUCAAGUACAGAACUGUGAAGACUGAAGACGGCGAAGACGAAUGGUCCCAUUGGAAAACCGUGCUCGUUGACAAAAGCCUUUUUGUUCAGAAAGGACAGCACUGUUCAAAUCAUUGUAGGCACAAUGAAGACAACGGAAAGGUCUUAUUUCUUAAAGAAUACAUUGAAAAAAUAUUGGCCAAUUGCGAAUUACAUUGGAUGUCGGAAAAACUGUUUUUCCCUCUAACUCAGGCCCAUACGUUAGUUAGUGAUCCGGAGCGAUUCAUCAAAACGCGUUUGUAUUCAAUAGAUUUGCUAAGACCAAUGAUAGACCACGUGAAAAAUGUCUAUGUGGCUCAGGACGGAGUGGGCUUCGGUAUGCACAGUAUUAUUGAGAAGCUUAAGGUGUUGGAGCUUGGCCGCAACGAACUCGGAUUGGUGGACUAUGAUGAUUAUAUCAUUGAGCCAGGACCAAGUCUUCCAGCCAUUCGUAACCGAAUGUUCGAAGUGAGCACACGCGUUUUUUUAACAAUCGACAUCGGUAAGACGAAGGUGCCUAUCACAGCAGAGGCUGUAGUAUAGGCAUUAAAUAAAAGUGAUAAAAAGUAGCAUCCCCGCAAGUGAGUUCUGUCUGUGCACCGGUUUUGUAUCGGUAUCAACAGUAGACGCUAUUGUGCUAUCCUCGGGCAGCAGUUAUUUCUAUUGUUUGCUACCCGCAUCGCAGCAGCCAAAUCCUGAGUCAAGGUCACGCUGAAGCACAACGAAGGAGUGAAGGAGCAACUCACCUAACAGCUUACCGUGACAUACUGUUAAGUAUUUUCUCAAACUUUUUCUUUCAACUUUUACUAUUCAUAUAUUUUCUUUUCAUUUUAUUUCUUUCUUUCUCAUUUCAAGUGCGGGAGACUUCUUUACUCCCGCACUUUAAAUAUGAAUAUUGAUGACAGUGGGGGUGUCUCGGAGGAGGGCGAAGCUGAACGAAUGAACGAAGAACAUUUAGAGGCUGAGUUUGCUUCCGAGAUGCCAUCUACCCCUCCUAUACCAUCUCCCCCUCCGAUCAGGAAUCAGGAAUCAGAACAAAUUGGCUCAAAUGGCACGUUCCCCUUGAUAUUUGGAGAUUUGUGCCUUGCCAUCAAUUUGUUUUUAGCAUCAUUUUCCCGAUAUAUAAGAGGGAAGGAUUGAAAGGAAAUGGUAAGGGUUGGACUAGGAGGAUGGGAAAAAUUGACGACACAAAAACACAUAAAAGCAGAAGUAAAUUCUGCACCCCUAAGGGAUGCUGAACAAUCUGCUGAGGAUCACAUUUAGUGGAAGCAGAAGGAAAUUAUGAACCUCUACGAGGUCCCGAACAGUCUGCUGUUAAUAAAACCUCCAACCCCCGAGAGGAUUUAGAGAUCUUACAAAAGCGACACCAUUCUGCACUCCCGGAAGAAUGCAGAACGACUCGCAGUAUGUACGAGCAGAAGUAAAUGCGGUACCCCCCAGAGGAUGCCAAACAAUCUGCCAAACCCUAUUUAAGGUGAAUACAGAAGGGAUUCAUUCACUCCAGGAAGAACGAUGAACCCUUCUGACUAUAGCUCCUUACCACAUUGGGUGAGAAACGAGAGAAUAUCCUUCAAUUUUAGCUCCGCAUACACAGACUCAACCAUGUAUGGAGAACCAAAAACCCGGAUACGUAGCUGCGUCAAUGCGGGACAGUUACAUAUCAGAUGAUAUGAAGUACCAUAAUCGCAUUCACACAAAUCACACGAAUAAUACUCAGCACGUUGAAUAGUAGCCAUGUGAUAAUUGAGUUUGCAAUGUCCAGUCAGAGCUCUGACCAGAAUACUUCAAUGAUACUUGGAGAAAUGCAGUAGACACUUUGACAUUUUCAGAUUUAAAUCUGGUAGAAAUGCUUUUGUCUGAGCGCAAGUUUGCAAGCUGCGCCAGUAGCUGGCAUGUUUGGAUGCAGCCCAAGAACGUAUCUUGUGCUUUAUCCAACUAGUUGAAAGUGGUAAAGCUGGUUCAGGACCAACGAAAUCAUUCGUUGCACCAGCUCUAGCCAACUCAUCAGCCCAUUCAUUUCCAGUAAUACCAGAAUGGCCGGGUACCCAUAUGAAGUAAACAGCAUUUGAAAUGCUGAGGUCUUCAAUUUGAGUUCGACAUGCGAUCACUAGAUUCGACCGUGAGUCAUUCGAACUGAGUGCUUUUAAGGCUGCCUGACUGUCGGAACAAAAAUAAAUACGUUUACCACAGAUCCUCUGCUGAAGUGCCGAUUGCUUGGAACACAGUACAGUAUCUACCAAGUGAAUGAGACUGCUCCAGCCUAUUUCACGACAGUAGAUACCAGCACCAGCACGACCAUUCAACAGAGAACCGUCCGUAAAACAAACUAUGUGUUCAUCAAGUUGUCGUUCCAGACAACCAGACAACCACUCCUAACGAAGAGGAUAGCUCACGUUGAAUGUUUUAAAAGGAAAACUGCAUGUGAGAGUUAGGUCACUAGGAGCGAGUAAAUACUCAUCCCACGGAACCAUUUGAGACCACAAGCGAGUGUGACUGGUAGCAUAUUCUAAUGGGUUACUGUUCCAAAGCCCUGUAACCCUAAGACGGUAUGCACAAGAUAAUGCUUCUUGUUCUAGGAACACAUGUAGUGGUUUAAUGCACAGUAGCGCCUCUAGAGCAGCAGUAGGAGUUGUCGUGAAUGCUCCUGUCAUCGCCAUUAGGACCAUCCUUUGGAGAUGAUUUAGCUUUGACUGAACUGUCGCGACUUCUCCUUUCUGCCACCAUACAAGACAUCCAUAUGCUAAAAUUGGUCUAACGAUAGUUGUGUAGAUCCAAUGAAUAUAUCUGGGUUUGAGUCCCCAUGAUUUUCCAAAAGCUCGUCUGCAUUUGCCGAAUACCCUGCAAGCUCUUUUAAUCCUGAAAUCAAUGUGAGCAGACCAAUUCAGUUUUGAGUCAAGAAUAACCCCGACGUAUUAAACUUGAUCGACCACAGUGACCCCUGAACCAAAGAACUGCAACGGACGAGCUCCUGUAAUUAUCCUACGAUGAGUGAAAAGCACCAUUGAUGUUUUGCCCGGAUUUACAGAUAAUCCAAACCUGACAACACCAUUGUUCAACAGAUCGCAGGGCUUGCUGCAUUAAAUCAAAGAGAGUGUUAAUGCUUAUACCGGUCAUCAAUAUAUGAUAAUCGUCGGCAAAACCAUAAGUCGGAAAUCCAAGGUUAAUCAGUUUCCUUAACAAACUAUCAGCGACUAGGUUCCAUAAAAGUGGGGAUAGUACACCACCUUGAGGACACCCACAGACACUCAGCUUUCUAAUCUCUGGCCUGCCGAAGCGAUGAUCAAAGAAGUUGAUUGCUAAGCAUUGCGUGUAUCCAGUAAGGGAAAAACCCAAGAUAUUCCGUUCACGACUGCAAUGUUUAACCUCCUGCAGCCAUUCAGCCAUCGGCACGGAAAUACACCUUGACUUAGGAGUUCCUAUUUUUGUGGCCUUUUACGACAUGGAAUAGGAAACCAGUGGAUCAAUUCUUGGUAAAAAAUAAUUCCGCCGGAUGCCACACGGCUUACCUGUUUGGUGGACUUAUACCACCGGUACAGGUGGACCGUAGCGUUAUUCUUAGCAGUUGGGAAACCGCUACCGACACUACACGGCUAUCUAUGCUGCUCAGAGAGGGAAGUUAACAUUGAUGGUCAACUUCCAUGGAUGGUGCGGGAGACUUCUUUACUCCCGCACUUUAAAUAUGAAUAUUGAUGACAGUGGGGGUGUCUCGGAGGAGGGCGAAGCUGAACGAAUGAACGAAGAACAUUUAGAGGCUGAGUUUGCUUCCGAGAUGCCAUCUACCCCUCCUAUACCAUCUCCCCCUCCGAUACCAUCUCCCUCUCCGAUGCCAUCUCCCUCUCCGAUGCCUCCAUCUCCCUCUAAGAUAUUGCCUGCCCGCCAAAAAGUUUACCAAGACGAUGGCUCGGGGGGUCCGUGGGUGGUAUACUUCCGGCCCAAAUUAAAGUCUCUCAGAGUUUUAAAUAUUGCUCGGGACCUGGAAAAACAUUACUCGGCAAUAAAAACAAUAGAUAAGGUUUCGCCAAACAAGUUACACGUUGUUGUGUCCGACCUGAAGCAAGCAAACGCGAUUGCUACCAGCGAGUUGUUCACGAAGGAGUACCGCGUGUACGUCCCGUCUCAUGUGGUGGAGAUCGACGGUGUGGUCCGUGACGAAAGUCUGACAAUCGAAGAUCUGAUGAAGGACGGGGUAGGCCGUUUCAAAAACCCCGACCUUCAUCCAGUGAAAAUUUUG